AUGGCAGAAUUUGCUACCUCUGUUGCAUCGAAUCUUAUGUCGAAACUAGGUGAGUAUUUGUUUGCUCCCAUUGGACGCCAAUUUGAAUAUGUGUUGUGCUACAAGAGCUCCGUCCAAGAUCUCAAAAAUGGAGUCGAGAAGCUGGAGAAUGCGAGGAAAAGGGUGCAGAGCUCCGUCGAUGAAGCCAUGUAUGAUGGAAAACCUAUACACGAUGAUAUUAAGAAGUGGUUAGAUAGAGUGGAGAAUAAGACUAAUGAAGCACAAAAUUUGUUAAAACAAGGUGAAAGUGCAAAAAAUGCUUGCUUCCAUGGGUGGCUUCCCAACCCCAUGGAAUUGUCACUACUCCCACUUCCGCCUCCAAGAUCUGUUGACAAGGAAGAAGAUGUCUUGGAGUCAAGGGCUAAAAUCAUGGAGGAAGUAAUGAAGGCUAUAGCUGAUGACAAGCUCCGUGUGAUUGGGGUGUAUGGGCCAGACCUAAAAAUAAUCCAAGGAGAAAUUGCUGAUGCACUUGGCCUAAAGCUAAUGAAUGUGGAAACUGCUCGAGGGAGAGCAGAUCGUUUGCGUGAAAGGUUAGAGUGUGAUCGGGAGAAAAACAUUCUCAUCAUUUUAGAUAAUUUGUGGAAGAAGCUAGAGUUAAAGGAUGUUGGAAUCCCUUGCAGCGAUGAUAAUAAAAUAAGAGGCUGCAAGUUAUUACUAUCUUCUAGACACCGAGAUGUUUUGCGUAUUGACAUGGGCAUUGACCAAGAAUUUCGACUCAAUGAGUUAAAUCAUGGGGAAGCACGAAGACUUUUUGAAAGGAUAGUGGAGGACAGAGUUAACGAUCUUGAUUUUAAACCGUUGGUGGAUGGAGUGAUCAAGAAUUGUGGUGGCUUGCCUCUUUUGAUUCUAUCGGUGGCAAAAAGGUUGAAGCAUGGAGAUUUGGCUGAAUGGAGGAAUGCUUGGACCAAUAUAGAAUUGUCGGAUGCAAAAUCAAUAGUGGAACUAAAUUACAAUGACUUAAAAGAUGAAAGGAUCAGAUCAUUGUUCUUGGUUUCUGCUCUAGACUCAGGAAAAAUUCUCAUGAGGUGUACCCUUGCAUACUGCAUGGGUUUGGGUUUAUAUAAAAAAUUCAAGACCAUCGAAGAUGCCAGAGAUAGGUUGAUUAUGGAUCUACAUAGCCUACAGGACUCUUCUUUGUUACUAGAUAGUGAUGACAUGGAAAGUUCAAAAUGCAUGACAUAUUUGUUGACGUGGCUAUCUCUAUUGCUUCCACUCAAUGGAACGCCUUGGUUGGGAGGGAGGAUUAUGGGUUUAAAGAAUGGUCAAAGGAUGAGCUCAGAAAAUGCACCGCCAUGUCCUUCCCUUUUGUAG